GCCCACCGGCUCUUACAAAUCACCGGGAAUUGGUUUCCCGCCUCCAAGGUCCAAGCUCGCAGGCCUCAGACCCAGGCGACCAAAAUACUUUGGUCUUGAUUUCUCCGGUCGUCGGAACUCUUUCUUCUGCUUGUUUUCCGACGGUUUUCUGUCAACAAAUAAUACGGCGAUUCAACGGUGAAGCCAAGCCUAUAGUUUGAAAUAGGCUGGAUCCCUAUUUUGCAUCGAUUUCUUUAUAGUUUUCAACGCGUUGACGUCGCGUAAUUGGAAGGCCCGCCGAAAUAUUUUAAUUGGUUUGGAUAGAUCUGUGGUUAUCGGCAAGUAUUUUGGAGCUUCUAUAUGUGUACAGUGGCUCAGCCGAAAGUUGGACCGAAUCGCUUCUCUUUUGACUUGCUUAUAUAUAGUGAUCUAGUUUCUUUUGUUCUAUCCAGAAACAAGAGUUUCAGGGUACCACUCUAUGAUUGAUUGGGGAUUCGAAUGAGCUCUGCGGUAUUUUGUUAGUUUUCGUUUAGAUCACAGCUGAAAAUAGAGGCUGGUUAGCAUCGUCUCAGAAGGAAAGAAAUGGGGGUUAGUAGUGAAGGAGUGAGGAGGAGGGGAUGUUCAUGUAGCAAAGAAGACUUCUUGCCUGAAGAGUCCUUCAAGAGCUGGGGGAACUAUGCCAAGGCAUUGAGCCAGACCGGUUUGAGGCUCAAAGACCGGAUUCUUACUCGGUCCCUUGAUGAGACUGAGAUACACGAGAUUAGAGCUAGAAGUCAGCAUGAUAUGAAGAAGAACCUUUCAUGGUGGGAUCUUAUUUGGUUUGGAAUCGGCGCGGUAAUUGGUGCCGGAAUCUUUGUCCUCACUGGUCUGGAGGUGAAAAGCGUCGCCGGCCCGGCUGUAGUUCUCUCCUAUGUUGUCUCCGGCAUAUCUGCCAUGCUCUCCGUCUUCUGUUACACUGAAUUUGCUGUGGAAAUUCCGGUAGCAGGUGGAUCAUUUGCAUAUCUAAGAGUGGAGUUAGGGGAUUUUAUGGCUUUCAUUGCCGGCGGUAACAUCCUCCUUGAGUACAUCAUUGGUGGGGCUGCGGUUGCCCGUUCGUGGACUUCCUACUUUGCAACCCUAUGCAACCAUGACCCUAAUGACUUUCGCAUACAUGUUCACCAGCUCGGCGAAGAUUAUGGCUAUUUGGACCCUAUUUCUGUUGGUGUCAUUAUAGGCAUUUGCAUACUUGCUGUGCUCAGUACCAAGGGCUCGUCUAGACUCAACUACAUUGCCUCAAUUGUGCAUGUUAUCAUCAUUAUCUUCAUUAUAGUUGCAGGUUUCAUCAAGGCUGAUACGAAAAACUACACCCCAUUUACCCCCUUCGGUGCUCGUGGCAUUUUCAAGGCCUCAGCUGUACUGUUCUUUGCGUAUGUUGGGUUCGAUGCUGUGUCAACCAUGGCGGAGGAAACAAAAAAUCCGGCAAAGGACAUUCCAAUUGGGCUGGUUGGCUCAAUGCUAAUUACUACAACAGCCUAUUGCCUGAUGGCUGUGACACUUUGCCUUAUGCAGCCUUACAGUCAAGUUAAUGAGGAUGCCGCAUUCUCUGUUGCAUUCCAGGCUGUUGGGAUGAAUUGGGCCAAGUACAUUGUCGCUGUUGGUGCAUUGAAAGGAAUGACGACUGUGUUGCUAGUCAAUGCUGUAGGUCAAGCACGAUAUCUGACCCACAUUGCCCGCACUCACAUGGUCCCUCCAUGGUUUGCUCACGUCAAUGAAAAGACGGGAACACCUAUCAAUGCCACCAUUGUGAUGCUUCUUGCAACUGCCAUCAUUGGUUUCUUCACCAAGCUCGACAUCCUCUCCAACCUCCUCUCCAUAUCAACACUCUUUAUCUUCAUGCUUGUUGCUGUUGCGCUUCUAGUACGUCGGUACUAUGUGACCGGUGUGACCUCAUCGGUGCACCGUAACGUGCUCAUCCUGUGCAUCCUGUUCAUACUUGGUUCCUCGGUUGCUGCUGCAGUGUACUGGGCUACGAAUGAGACUGGGUAUAUUGCAUACAUAAUCAUUGGGCCUAUAUGGUUCUUGGCCACCCUAUCUCUCCAGGUGUUUGUUCCUCAGGCACGCGAUCCAAAGCUCUGGGGUGUACCACUGGUUCCAUGGUUACCAUCGGCAUCAAUUGCUAUUAACAUCUUUCUUCUUGGUUCAAUAGAUGGCAAGUCAUUCAUGAGAUUUGGAGUCUGGUCUGGGUUUCUUUUGCUUUACUAUUUGUUCUUUGGGCUCCAUGCAUCAUACGACACUGCAAUGGAGUCAGGUGAGAAGAGGAUUGAAGAUGCCAAGCAGUCAAAGAUUGAAAGUGGACUAUGAUUCUGGUAGUGGAAUUUGGAGUUGGAGUAGAUGUAUCUACUCAUGCCGUGCUAAAAUAUUUCAAAGUUCAAGCAAUCUCCAAGGAAGCAGGUGACCACAUUUCUUGUAAAUUAACCAGAAGUUAGAAAGCUCAAGAACUUGGUACCAGAGUUUGCAGUUUAUGUAUUCGAUAUGGCAUCUUCCUCUAACUAGAAGUUAGAGAGUUCGAGCUGGUGGGUAUUAGAGUGUGCAAUUGUAUGUAUUGGAUAAGAUAAGGAGAAAAAAUGGAUUUGUGAAUUUCAUCUGUCUGAUUAUGUACAAGACAUGAUUUCACAUGAAAAAUAAACUAUUUGUUAAGGUUGUGUUACA